UUAAACAAUGGUUCAUUAAUAAGAUCCACAUGAUAUCUCGAUUAGAUAAAGAUUUUCGACCCUUUGCAUACAUGAUAAACAAUAUUGAUUUUAAAUGCAUGGACGUGUUAAAUCAAAACUUAAUGAUGAACAAGAGGCAAGAGAAAAAGAAGAGGAGUCUGAAAAAGCUAAAAUAUAUUAUGAUAGUUUUAAAGAAAUUAUUGAAAAAAAAAACGAUAUAUCUCAACAUGAUCAAGUCCUAAAAGUAAUUGCUGAACUUUUGAUUCAGAAUCCUGACAUAUAUACUCUAUGGAAUAUUAGAAGAACUAUUUUAUUAAAUAAGCAUAAUCUGCUAACUUCUGACGAAUUUAUAGAAAUUUGCAAAACAGAGAAUAAGCUCAUUGAAGCCUCCCUGGCUUCUAACCCUAAAUCUUAUUCAUGUUGGCACCAUAGAGCUUGGGUUCUAACACUUAUGCCUAAUGCUGAUUGGAAACGUGAACUAGAUCUAUCCUCCAAAUUUUUGAAUUAUGAUCAAAGAAAUUUCCAUUGUUGGGACCACAGACGUUUCGUGGCCAAUAAAUAUCAAUCACAAAUCAAUUCUAACGCAGAAGAGAAUCGCCAAAAUGAUAUAAUUCUGGAUUCCGAGCUAGAUUACACCCUAAAAAAGAUCGAGCAAAAUUUUUCCAACUAUUCAGCCUGGCAUUACAGAUCCGUGUUAUGGGAGGAAAAGGUUAAAAUGGCGCGAGAGUUGGAAAAGAAAGAUGGCGAAAAAUCGCCGCAAGACGCUUUGAUUCAGGAUAUAACCUCCAAAGAUUCACUUAUUCUGAUUAACGCGAUAUACACUGACCCCUAUGACCAGAGCGCAUGGUUCUAUCUGCAUUGGCUCAUUUUCCACCUCAAUAAACCAGAACUUGAUAAUAAGGAUUGUGAUAUGGAUAAGGAUAAAGAUAAUCAUUUCUUUUCGUCAUUCUUCCCAAACCCUAAUCCCAUGAAUCGAUUUUCAGUUGCUACAAAUUUCAUUGAUUCGAGCCGAAAUCGCGGUGAAAUAAAGUCUACUAUGGCGAAUGAGACCCGUCUAUCAAUGCCAAUCGUAAACGAAAAAUUCUCUCCUGCCGAAGAGAACUCCGAUUCAAUGAUCAGCAGUAUUAUCAACGAGAAUAUGAGCGAAAAGAAAAUGGAAGCUAUGCCUAUUAAUGUGAUUGUAUCGGAAAAUCAAACAUACAAUUUGGGGCAAGGAGAUGCCCAAAACGGGAGUAUGGAUGAUUUUAGAUUUCCUCAUAUCAAAGUGAUAUACGUUAAUAGGGCCGACCCUUCAUUGAUAUGCAUUACGCUCAGCCAUUUUGUUAAGCGAAUGAAAUAUUUAAACAAUUUUGAUGAUCAACUUGAACACGAAAUUUCUGACGAUUUACGACGCGACGGUUCUUACCGCGCGGACAAGACGUUUUACUUCAAUUUUAUUUUGAACGAGGGUAAGGUCUACGAUUCCGAAUUGUUGGAGUGCUCGCCAGUUUAUCGAAAAUGGGAUAAAAUUUGCGGGAAAGGAUCUAGUUUGAACAUUUUCCCUACCGAUUUAUGGCUAAUUCGUAAUUUAAACAAUGAUUGGACCUCAUUGGUAGACGAAGAUUACAAAUUUUCGUUUCGUUAUUUGGUACCAUCCACCCACGACGUUGUUGAUAAUUUUUACGCCUUCGAUCAACGUUGUAUUGAUUUGAUCAUGCCCUCCGAUAAAGAUCACGUGCUGUAUCUCUAUAAAUGGAGUAUCCCAAUGAUUGGAUUGGAAGAAAAAUUACUCAAAUACCAAGAUCUACUUUUUGAACAAAUGAACACGUGCAAGGAAUUGAUUCAAUUGGAACCCAAUAAUAAAUGGUCUAUGCUCACUUGGGUAUUCUUAGCUGAUCGGCUGAACGAACUGAAAUUCCGUAUCCCUAGCGCUGAUCAAAACGUGGCCGAGAAUGAAAAUGAAAUGGGUUUUAGUUUGAAUGCCAGAAACGAAAUUUUGGAGGACAUUUUAAUUUACCUCGACAAAUUAGCCGAUCACAUAGAUCCGGACAGGAAAGGGUUUUAUCAGUCUAUGAAAAGUAAAUACCUCAUCAGGGAACAGUUUUGGCAAAACAAAUUAACCCUCUCAUCCAGGGAUCAUCACCACCAAGACGAUACUAAUAAACUCUGUUUGAACAGAUUCAACCUGACUCACAUGGCUGUACCAGAAAACCCGCGAAUUUUAACGUACCAAUUUUUGGCUCUAUCUUAUAUAGACGUCUCUUUCAAUCAAAUAUCCUCUCUUGUUUGGUGCAAGGGUUUAUGUUGUUUGAAGGUGUUGAUAGUGGAUGACAAUAUAAUCACGAGUUGCGCUGGCUUAAAGGAUUGCUUAUUGUUAAAUCAUCUAUCCAUCAAAAAUAAUGAUAUCAAACAGCUGGAAGAAGGACUGGAGGAUAUUUCGACGUGCUCGUACCUCAAAAUUCUCGUUUUAAAAGGAAAUCCUAUUUGUCAUUCAGCCCACUUUCCCGAAGAACUUUAUUGCUUAUAUCCCAACACACUGGGAACCUUGAAUGAUUAUAGCGAUUAAAAUUUAUUUCCUACAAAAUAAAAUUCUUUAUAUUAUAUUUAUUCAAUCUUUAUUAUUUUUAUCGCCAUUUCUCGAAGUUAGA